AUGAAAAUGCCAGUGAGAUUCAAGAAGGGUUGGGAUCAAGAAGCAAGCCUACCAGGGUUUGUGGCUGUGUUUGGUAAAUCCGUUUUUUGUCCACUGCAUUCCUGUCGACUUGGGGACCAGUUCUACAGGGAAGCCAUCGAGCACUGUCGCAGCUACAACUCGAGGCUCUGUGCUGAACGCAGUGUCCGCCUGCCCUUCCUUGAUUCCCAGACCGGGGUGGCCCAGAACAACUGCUACAUCUGGAUGGAGAAAAGGCACCGGGGCCCAGGCCUGGCACCCGGACAACUGUAUACAUACCCCGCUCGCUGUUGGCGUAAGAAGAGACGACUGCUCCCGCCUGAAGAUCCCAAGAUGAGGCUGCUCGAAAUCAAACCUGAAAUGGAGGUGCCCCUGAAGAAAGAUGGGUUCACAUCGGAAAGCACCACCCUAGAAGCCUUGCUCCGUGGUGAAGGGGUCGAGAAGAAAGUGGAUGCAAAAGAGGAGGAUAGCAUCCAGGAGAUACAGAGGGUUUUGGAAAACGAUGAAAACAUCGAGGAAGUGAACGAAGAGGAGGAUUUAGAAGAAGACAUGCCCAAACGAAAGAACAGGACCAGAGGACGGGCCCGAGGUUCCACAGGAGGGAGAAGAAGGAAUGACCCAGCUUCUCAAGAAGACCACGACAAACCUUAUGUCUGUGACAUCUGCGGCAAGCGCUACAAGAACCGGCCCGGGCUCAGUUACCAUUACGCACACACUCACUUAGCCAGCGAAGAGGGAGACGAAGCCCAAGAGGAGGUCAACAGGUCCCCACCCACCCAUCGAAACGAAAACCACAGACCCCAGAAAGGACCAGACGGAAGUGUAAUUCCCAAUAACUACUGUGAUUUCUGCCUGGGAGGUUCCAACAUGAACAAAAAAAGUGGCCGGCCAGAAGAAUUGGUUUCCUGUGCAGACUGUGGACGAUCUGGUCAUCCCACCUGUCUGCAGUUCACCCUGAACAUGACCGAAGCCGUCAAAACCUACAAGUGGCAGUGCAUCGAAUGCAAAUCCUGCAUCCUCUGCGGCACCUCAGAGAACGACGACCAGCUGCUGUUCUGUGAUGACUGUGACCGUGGCUAUCACAUGUACUGCUUAAACCCCCCUGUGGCUGAACCUCCGGAAGGGAGCUGGAGUUGCCACUUGUGCUGGGAGCUGCUCAAGGAGAAGGCAUCUGCCUUUGGAUGCCGGGCCUGAGGGUCUCCAAGGAUUGAGGGGAGUUGGGGAGGGGGUAUUUCCUCACAGAGAAGCAGUACCACCGCACAAUCUCCCAACCCCACAAACCCCCACUCCCACAUACCAAGACAGAAACACAAACAAAAACAAAUGGUCUCAGAGAGACCCGGACACUGGAAAACAAGACACGGUAUUUAGUUCCCUCCCACGUGUAGCUUUCCUUCUUCAGAUGUUUCCCGCCCCCCUACCUUAGUUCUCCUAGCUGGAACACAGACUUUCCAUACAAAAAGUCCCCUGCCUUGAGCCUUCCCACCAUCUCCCAGUUCCCGACCCUUUCCCGCUGGCUCCCAUAAGAGGGAGAAGCAGUUCCACGGAUUUCAAACAGUCAGUCUUUUGUGCAGUCUGGUGUUUUUAUGUUUCCUUUGUUCCAGAUUAAAAGAACACAUCUCUCCCCGAAUCCCAACAUGAAACAAUGCUCUCCACUCCAAACUCUCAUUGGAUGGGAUACUCGAGUGACAUACUAGAUUCUAAGGGUGUAUGUCAGGGAGUAGGCGGGGAGAUGAGGGUCUGGGAUACCCCAGAAGCCAGGCAUAAAACACUGGGCUAAGUGGAGCUCGAGUUGGCAACUCCUGUACUUUCUUGUCACCCCACAAGAUGGCUUCUUUGGGGAGUGCUAACUCGUUGAAUCACAUGAUUGGAUGGUGAGCAUUUGUCUAGAUAAUUGAGGGACUUGAGACCCAGACCACAGUUGACUUCAGGGAAGGAAAAGAG